AUGACCGCUACCUCUGCACAACAAGACUCGGGGGGUUUGUCCAAGUCGGCGUGGCCCAAACCUCCUGCGUUCUCUUCCAAAGUCGACGAAAGAGAAUUUCUAAAGUUCCGGCUAGCGCAAGCCUUCCGCAUCUUCGGUAAGCAGGGCUACGAUGAGGGGAUCGCUGGGCAUAUUACCGUAAGGGACCCCAUCAAACCAGACUGCUUCUGGGUGAAUCCCUAUGGAGUGCACUUCAAGCAAAUCCAGCCGUCAGACUUGCUACUGGUCGACCACGAUGGCAACGUCCUCGACGAGUCAGGGCCAAACAGGAUACUCAAUGAAGCCGCUUUCAUGAUCCAUUCCGCGAUCCAUAGGAGACCGGAUGUUAUGUGUGCAGCCCACACUCACUCCAUCUAUGGAAGAGCAUACUGCGCCCUGGGUAAAGAGCUCGACAUAAUCACCCAAGACAGCUGCGCCUUCUAUAAUGACCAUGCCGUAUAUACGCAGUUCAACGGUCUCGUGUUGGACAAGGAGGAGGGCGCGCAUAUUGCAACCGCUUUGGGCAAUAAGAAGAACCACGGCCUUCUCGUCGCUACCGACUCGAUAGAAGCGACCGUCAGCUUCUACAUGUCUUUAGAAAGGUGCUGCCAGGUGCAGCUGCUGGCAGACGCUGCUGCCGCUGGCAGGGGACAAGAUACCCUCAAGAUACCCGAAGAACAGGCCUACGACACCUGGAAGAAGACUGGUAACGGCCGGGUAGGCUGGUUCGCUGCCCAGCCCGAGUUCGCUCUGCUGGAAGCUACCGAGGGCGUAAAGUUUAAAUUCCAAGCAAAGGUUGAAUGA